AUGGGACAGACUCAGACUACUCCUUUAAGUAUUAUGAUUGAUCAUUUCAAAGAGGUUAAGGGAAGGGCUAACAACCUCAAUGUGGAGGUACAAAAGAGCCGGUGGCAGAUUUUCUGUUCCAGCGAGUGGCCAGCUUUCAACAUUGGAUGGCUGCCAGAGGGAACUCUCGAUCUCCCUACCAUCCGCUGGGUCAGGGAUGUCAUCUCCUGGCCGAAGGGGAGUCAUCCUGAUCAACUCCCUUACAUUACUAUUUGGCAGGACCUUGUGGAGGACCCACCCUCUUGGCUUAAGCCCUUCCUAGCCCCGUGCCCUCUCGAGCCAAGACCUAUUCUUGCCUUGCAGGAAACGGAGAAGAAAAAGGAGGAGAAGAAAGUCACCCCGCCAUCAGCUCCCCUCUACCCUGUCUUUCAGGGGGGAACUGAAGAAGAACUAAUUUUUCCUCCCCUGUAUCAGCUCCCUAGGGUGCCAGAGAGACCCGACCUUCCCCCAUCAGGGGAAGCAGACGCUGCCCCGAGAGUGGUUGGAGGAGGAGUUCCGGGAGGGGUUUGGGGAGGAGUUCCAGUGGGAAGCCCGCCCUUGACUAGACAAAGGGCUCAGAUGGAGCAGUCUGCCCUGGCCGCCGACUCCACUAUUAAGACUCUGCCUUUGCAAACCGUGGGCCCCCCAGAUGCGGAUGGCAAUCAGCCCCAUCACUGUUGGCCUCUCGCCACUAGUGACCUUUACAACUGGAAGGUUCAGAAUCCUAAGUUCUCUGAGAAGCCGGUGGGACUUAUUGAUUUGUUAGACUCUGUACUUUUCACCCACCAGCCUACAUGGGACGACUGCCAGCAGCUUUUACAGGUCCUGUUCACAACUGAGGAGAGGGAAAGAAUCCUCAAUGAGGCCCGGAAAGUGGUUCCAGGCGUGGACGGGAACCUAACCACCAACCAGGCCCAGAUAGAUGUCUCUUUUCCCUUAACUAGGCCUGAAUGGGAUUUCAACAUGGCAGAAGGUAAGGAGAGGCUCCGGGUCUACCACCAGACUCUAAUGGGGGGUCUCUGAAUGGCUGCUAGGAAGCCCACUAAUUUUGCCAAGGUAGGAAAUGUUCAGCAGGAAAGGGAUGAGUCUCCAGCUGCCUUUUUAGAACAGAUCAUGGAGGCAUACCGCACCUAUACCCCCAUGGAUCCAGAAGCUCCUGAGAGUAAAGCAGCUGUAAUCAUGAGUUUUGUGAACCAAUCAGCUGCAGACAUUAGAAAGAAGCUGCAGAAAGUAGAUAUAUUAGGAGAAAAAAGUCUGCAGGACUUGCUGGAGGUAGCCGAGAAGGUGUAUAACAACUGGGAGCCUCCUGAAGAUAAACAGAUUCUGCUAGCCACCACCGUGGACUCCCCUGAAGAAUGGAACUGCCGCCUUUGCCGACUUGCCAAUAACCAGGAGGAAGUUAAGGAGGCCGCCCAGGGUGGGAGAAGAAGGCUGCAGAAGAAUCAGUGUGCUUACUGCAGAGAGAUAGGGCACUGGGUCCAAAGAAGGCCGGCGAAGGGAAGCAAGACUGACUGAGUGAAAAUCUUAGAGCUGGAAGAGCUGAGUGAUUAGGGGAGUCGGGGUUCAGACCCCUUCCCCAAGCCCAGGGUAACUCUUAGAGUGGAGGGGACCCCUGUUGACUUCCUUGUCGACACUGGAGCACAACAUUCGGUCCUCCGCACACCUCAGGGGAAGCUAGCCAAUAAGAAGUCCUGGGUACAAGGGGCAACUGGUAUGAGCCAGUAUUCAUGGACUACCUGAAGAACGGUAGAUCUAGGAACGGGCUGGGUAUCCCACUCCUUUUUGGUGAUUCCAGAAUUCCCUACCGGUAUGCCACUAUUAGGACGGGACUUACUAACCAAGAUUGGAGCCCAGAUAACUUUCAGACAAGGGGGGCCUCAGGUCACUGAUGGCAAAGGCCACCCCAUCCAGGUUUUGACCCUGAGACUAGAGGAUGAGUACCGCCUCCACCAGGGGCCAUCCCCAGUAGAAAGCAACAUGGACAGAUGGCUACAAGAAUUCCCCACAGCUUGGCCAGAGACGGGGGGUGUAGGACUAGCCACUCACAGGACCCCAACCCUGGUAGAGCUAAAACCAGAAGAAGGCCCAAUAAGAGUCAAGCAGUAUCCUAUGUCUCAGGAGGCCGGGAAGGGAAUCCAAGCCUCACAUCCAGAGACUGCGAAGCCUAGGGGAUGCCUUCUUCAAUCUGCUGUUGGCGCCUCAAAGCCAACCCUUAUUGGCUUCGAAUGGCACGACCCGGAUGAGGGCUACAGUGGACAAUUAACCUGGACACGAUUGCCCCAGGGGUUCAAGAAUUCACCCACCAUCUUCAACGAGGCACUACACGAGGACCUGGCGUACUUGUCUAAGAAGCUGGAUGCAGUAGCUGCCGGCUGUCCGCCAUGCCUAAGAAUUAUUGUGGCAACCGCGCUCUUAGUCAAGGAUGCUGACAAACUGACCCUGGGGCAGGAAAUCUGGAUCACAACCCCGCAUGCCAUUGAGGGAGUCCUAAAACAGCCUCCUGACAGAUGGAUGAACAAUGCACGUAUGACCCACUAUCAGAGCCUCCUACUCAACCCUCCUAGAGUGCGAUUCCACCCUAAUGGGGCCCUUAACCCCGAUACUUUGCUGCCUGACCCCAACUUAGAUGCCCCACUACAUGACUGUGUGGGAAUCCUAGAGCAACUACAUGGAUUCCGAAAGGACCUGACCAACCGGCCCCUCCCAGAUGCUGAGGCCACUUGGUUCACGGAUGGGAGCAGCUUCAUACGGGAUGGGCACAGGUAUGCGGGGGCAGCAGUGGCCACUGAAACGGACACUGUAUGGGCAGAGGCUCUACCCUCCGGGACGUCAGCCCAGCAAGCAGAGCUUGUCGCCCUCACUAAGGCGCUGACCCUGGGAGCUGGAAAACAGCUGUACAUCUACACAGAUAGUCGUUAUGCGUUUGCCACAGCUCAUGUUCAUGGGGCAAUCUAUCAGGAGAGGGGGUUACUGACGGCAGAAGGGUGGACUAUAAAGAAUAAGCAGGAGAUACUCAAACUGCUUACAGCCUUAUGGCUUCCUGCCAAGUUAGCCAUUAUCCACUGCCAAGGGACCAGAAGACAGACGACCCGGUAG